GGCGAGCCAAUGUCAGAGAACGCGGCGCGCGAGGCGCACGGAUGCGCAAGCGUUAGGAACCAUGUUCGUGCUUGUUGCAGCAGUGACGCUGGUGGUGCCGGCCGCUGCUUUGCUGCCGCCCCGUCUGCUGUCCACCACAGUCGACGAACUCGUUAAGGCAGCUUCUAAUACAUGUGAGUCGCUCCCGCUUGACGCGCUAGCAUCUGGACAGAUUAUUCCUGAACUAAAGUUCUUCGAAUUUACGCAAACAGGGAAGAGAAAGUACUUAGUGUCGAAAGCACACACCAGGGGCUUUAGUCCUUCUUCGCAGCUAAUAAUAUACAUCCCGGGCUGGUGGAACACCCCCACAGAUGAAUCCUCCGAUGCACUCGUCAAAGCUUUAUUGAUGAAGAACCCAACAGUACUCAUAAUGGACACAAGAUCAUCCUUCAGAAGAGGAUACGUGUCCUCAGCUCUUCAAGUUAAUGGGAUAGCUCGUCGAUUGUUCAACUUCCUUCAAAACCUUCAUUUUCAGGGCUAUCCGAUAUCUAAAAUACAUUUAGUAGGAUUUAGUUUAGGUGCACAUGUAGCUGGCAUAACAGGGAGGCUAGUGCAACAGAAAUUACAUAAGAGUCUGCAGAGGAUUACUGCGUUAGACCCGGCAAGACCGUGUUUCAUAAAGCCUUCCAAGUACAGGCUAAAGAAGGAAGAUGCGAGUUUCGUCUACGUUCUACAUACAAGCUCUGGCGUCGUUGGUCUAGAGGAACCUAUUGGUCAUGUGGAUGUCUAUGUUAACGGAAUCACGUCAAACCAACCCGAGUGCAAGGGACGUGCAAUUACGCUAGAAUGCGAUCACGCGCUGUCGUGGAAACUUUACGCCGUGUCAGUCAACAACGAUAGCUUACUCAUCGGAAGUAAAUGUGUAACAUGGAACGAGCUCAGACACAGGAAAUGUAGUGGUGACAGAACUAAUGUAGGCUAUGGUUGCUUGUCGAAAACAAGAGGCCUGUAUCUUUAUACAACUCAGGAGGAAAGCAGGAGACUCAAGGUCUUUAAUCCUUUCGAUAUAAAAACAUGGUUUAAUAGAUAACAUAACUUUGCUGUAGUUUAUUAGGUGUAAGCAAGUAAUCGGUAAUUUGAAAUGUAUGUAGGUAAGAAAAGUGGCACUCAUAACGGAUUUGAUAUCUUCAUUCCGAAAGACUCACCUACAUGCCUAUCGGUUUACAGUAUAGCCUGAUUUUUUAUUAGUUUCUAGUUUAUAUGAAUAAAACAAACGUGCUUCUCCGCAUUUCUAAUAAGCAAUAACUGUAAUGAGUUUAUACUUUUACAAAUAAAUUACCAUUAUUGCUUCCGAACACGUACGAUAAGAAACGGUAUAUUAAUAUGAAUUGUUCAAUUAAUUUGACCGUACUAUAUGGAUAGAUUUUUCAUGAAUUCUACACAUUUAUAUUCAAUAAUUCCUAUUGGUCAUAUGAAACUGUGUAAGUCUAUUAUAAUAUAUUUCGUAAAGUUGUGGCUGUGAUAAUAAUUAUUGAGUACUUCGAUUUAAAAUUUAAUCGCUUUAAUAAAUUUCUUUUUAAUUCUA